AUGAAUAAUUAUAAUAGUAAUAAUAAUAAUAUUUGUAACAAGGAUAAUAAUUAUAAUAAUAAUAAUAAUAAUAAUAAUAAUAAUAAUAAUAAUAAUAAUAAUAAUAAUAGUAAUUUCGAAAUACUAUUUUGGAAAGUAAUUCAUAAUAAAUAUUUAUUGUCAACAAUUUUUAAACAACUCCAUUCAAGCAAAUUAGAUUUUAAUGAUCAUAAAAAAUAUCAUGUCAAUAAUAGAUUUAAAUUUAAGGAAAUAAUUUCAUUUCAAUGGUUUUUGGAAAAUAAACAAUUUUCAUUGUUAAUUGAUAAAAUUAAAUGUGGGGAAUUUAUUUUAUUUAGUAUAAAAUCAAUUCAAUUAUUUUUUUCAAUGGGAUUAAAACAAACUCAACAUACAACUAUUGAACAACAACAAGAACAUGUAUAUAUUUUUAAUAAUAGUAAUAAUAAUAAUAAUAAUAAUAAUAAUAAUAAUAAUAAUAAUAAUAAUAAUAAUAAUAAUAAUAAUAAUAAUAAUAAUAAUAAUAAUAAUAAUAAUAAUAAUAAUAAUAAUAAUAAUAAUAAUAAUAAUAAUAAUAAUAAUAAUAAUAAUAAUAAUAAUAAUAAUAAUAAUAAUAAUAAUAAUAGUAAUAGUAACCCAAAAUUAAAUUUAAUUGAUAUUUCAAUUUUUAAAGAGAUAUUAGUGCUAUUAAUGGAUUUAAAGAGAAUUGAUUUUGAAAUUCUAGAUUUAACAUAUACAACAAUUGAAAAUAAUAAUAUAGAAGCAUUGAAAAUACUUUUAAAUAAAUAUUCACUUCAAAUUUUACCUCAAUCAAUUGAAUGGUUAAUUCAAAAUGGUUCACCAUCAACUUUGGAAACCAUUUUAAAUUUAUCACCAUCAUUAACUAUAAUCACUGAUCAAGUUAGAUUUAAAUCAUUGCAAUUAUCAUUUAAUAAUAGAAUAUUUAAAGAAGAAAUGGUUGUUUUUGUUUUAAAUAAUUUAUAUAAAUCACCACCAUCAUUUAAAUAUAAUAAUAAUAGUAGUAAUAAUUAUAAUAAUAAUGGUUGUAGUCAAAAAGAUAUAGACAAUGACCCAAUUGAAAUAAAAGAAACAUCUUCAAAAAGAUUAAAAAAAGGAUCACCAAAUUCAAAUGAUGAUCAACAAGAGGAAGAAGAAGAAGAAGGAAAAGAAAAUGAAAAAGAAAAUGAAAAAUUAAAUCAAUUAGAUAUUAAAAGAGAACAAGAAAAAUAUAAAUCAAAAUUAUUACAUUUAUUUACAUUAAAAUCAUCAGAAUUACAAAAUAGGUUGUUGGAUAUGGAUUGUUUUAUUCAACAUGUUGAUCCAUUAAUGAAAAGAGCCGAGAAAUUAUUAUAUACGAAAUUGGAAGGAUCAGCAUUGGAUGUGUUUUUAGUUUAUAUUAAAACUUAUUAUAUGUUUUAUAUGGAUGAUAAUGAUGAGAUGGUAAACAAACUAAAACAAGUUGUAAAAGGUAUAAUAUCAGAUGACAGUAUUUGCAAUGAAAAGAAACUUCAAAAUCUUCAUAGAUCAAUGGUAUUGGAAACCAAGAGACGCUAUUUGCAAUACCUUUACAAAUAUGAUUCAUUACUAUUCGAAUUAAGGGAUGACCAAUUGCUAAACUGUUCCCAUCAUGAUGAUUUGGUUUAUAUCUAUUGUUUCAGGGCGUUAAGUCCGAAAGCGUUGAGAUACUUAAUCGACACCAAUCAUAAACUAACGCCAACCUCAUCAUCCAUACUGUUAUCCGACCCGUGUAGAUGCAUCGAUAGAGAUGGUAGUAGUAUUAAACUAUCGAUUAAAACUAAACUAAUCUCGUUACACGCUCAAAGGGUUAUAGAAUUCAUUGAAUUAUAUUCAUCAUCAAUCUACUCAAUUGAGCAACCUAUUAAUUUCAUUGAAAUAUUCGUUGAAAUUAUAUUAUUAAAUUCAAGUGAAUUAUUUGAACAAUUGGUUAGAGUUACACCAUUAAAAGUAUUUUCAGAUUUUCAAUUGCCAAGAGAGUGGCAUCCAUUAUUACCAAAACUAUUAUCACCAAAACCAAUUAAAGAUUCUGAUAUUCCAAUUAUUUUAAUACAAGAUUUUAAAAUCAUUGAUAUCAUAUCAAAUUGUCAAUCAUUAUUAUUAUCAAGUUAUUUAAGAUUAAGAAGAUUUGGUAAAGUGAAAUGUGAAACUUUUCAAUUAGCUUAUGAAGCUUACAUAACAUUAGAUUAUGGUGAAGAAUAUUUUAGAAAUUGUUUAUUCGAAUAUCCUUUCAUUAAUUCAAUUGAAGUACCAAAUCAAGUUAAUAUUAAAGUUUUAGAACAAUUAAGUUCAUUAAAUGUAAAAUUAAAUUUAAAAGAUGAUUCAAAUUGUUGUGAUGGUAUAAAUAUACCAUUAAAUAAUAUUCAAAUUUUAAUUAAUUAUUUUAAUAAUCAUAUUGAUAAUAAUAAUGAAAAUCAAAAAGAUAAAGAAAAUGAAGAAGAUGAAGAUAAUAAUAAUGAUGAUACCGAUGAUGAAGAUGAAGAUGAUGAUGAAGAUGAUGAUGAUGGUACUGAUAAUUAUAAAACUAAAAAAUUAACAAAUAGUAAUACAAAUCAAUUAUUUUAUAGAGUUUUACAAGAUAUAUUAAAAAGUGGAUAUAAUGAAUUAAAUAAUACAAAUGGCAAUUUUAAAAUUAAUUUAAGUAAAUACCCAAAAGAAUCAAUUAGAUUAUUAGUUCAAUCAAUUGAUGAUUAUAAUCCAUGGGGUAUUCAUUAUAUUUUAAAUAAUUUAUUAAAUAAUUUUAAAGAAGAAAAAGAAGAAAAAGAAGAAAAAGAAAAAGAAAAAGAAGAAGAAGAAAUUAUUUUAAAAUAUAAUUCAUUAUUUAGAUAUUGGUGGCAUAGAGAAACUAUGGAUGGUAAAUCAGUUAUUAAUGAAUAUGGUGAAUUAGAUUAUAGUGCAAAGAUUUUAUAUAAUAAUCAAAAUGAUAUUGUUUAUUGCAAUCAAAAUUCAAAUCAAAUCAUUGAAAUAAUUAAAUAUUGGGUAAAUGAGAAAGAGAAUGAAAAAAAUAAUAAACUUUUUAAAGCUUUUAAAAUAGUUUAUCAAACAAUUAUCAAUAGAUUCUUUGAAAUACUUUUAUCAAUAAAGAAUGUAUCGGCCAAGCAAAUACUGAUGGUUCAUAAAUUGAUUGUUCAUGAUAGUUCAAUAGUAGAGGAGGGACAAACUAGAUCACUCUAUCAUUCAUUUAGAUACUUACAAAUUAAAUCACCAAAAUUCAUAAAAUUCAUUUUAAAUAAACCAUUGAUCUCUAAUCUAUUGAAUGAUAUUGGUGACUAUGAAUACAAUGGAAAUCAAAUCGAUGGUCAAUACGGCUACUACGAUAUAAUGCCUCGUCUAUUGAAUGCAAAUGUAUUCAAUUGUGAAUUUGUCCUAUCAGAAUCUGAAGAAACCGUUAGAACUCAACUUUGCUACUAUUUCUCUAGAUUUCCAUUUGCAAAGAUGAGGACAUUGGAUCUUUUAAAUUUACCACCACAACUUCAAGAUUUCUUUAUCAAUUCAAUAAAUGGUGACCUUUGUUAUUAUUUAGAUAUAAAUAGAUUGGAUUUAUUCUUUAAAGAAUUGGAUUUUAUUGAAGAGAAUUUAAAAGAUAAAAAACAAAGUAAUAAUACAACAAAUGGUCCAUCAUUUCCAUCAUUAAAUGUUGGUUAUUCAAAUUCACCAUUACUUUCACUUUAUAAAAAUAGUCAAUAUUAUCAAUCAUCAUUAUCAUGUGAUAAUAGUGAAAGUAAAACUAUAAUUAUUAAAUCAUUUCCAUUUUCUGAACUUUUAAUAUCAAAAGUUGUAAAAACGUUUUCAAUUGAAAAAAUUCAAAAAUUCAUUGAAUUUAAUUUUAAAGUUAAUAAUUUUCAUCAACAAAUUUUAAAAGAAUCAAUUAAACAAAAUAAUAUUUCAAUAUCAAGUUUUAUUGUUGAUAAUUAUAAUAUAAAUUUAAAAGAUUUUAAUUGGUAUCCAAUAUUUCAAGAUAAUCAAUUUCCAAUAAUUCAAUUUCUUUUAAAUAAUAAUAAUGAACAAAUUAGAAAUCAUCUCUUUUCAAUUGGUGAUAUUAAUCAUAAUAUUUUCACAGUUUCAUUUAUUAAUGGUCAUAUUAGAUUAUGUAAUUUAAUUUUAAAAUUAUCACCCAAUAUUUUAAAAUUUAAAAUUAGUGAUCAUUUAAUUCAAGAAACUUUAAAAUUAAAAAAUAAUCACAUAAUUAAAUAUUAUAAUGAAAAAGGUAUUUUAAAUUAA